UUGCUUUUCCCCUUUAAUUUUUUUUGGGGGGCCCCCCAAGAGAGUGGGGCCCUAAGCUAGAGCUUGUUUAGCUUAUCCGUAAAUCAACCAUGCCCCAAUCUUUUCCAAACCAUUCAUCCUGGACUAAGGGACUUUGUACGAGUUUCUUUGGUUGCCAUUUUUUGAUUUAGGCGUUCCAUUUCACAUCCUCCCGAAAAACCAUAACUUGACAACAACGGCCCAAUCCCUGCGACGAAAACAUGUUUUCCCCCCUCGGCUUCUCACCAAAUUGUGGGGAGAACCUAGAAUUACGCAGACGGCGUUAAUUAUUUUUAUUUAACGUUGUCACAAUUCCUCUUCACCCCUUGGAGGGUUCUAAAUACCAAUAAUCAGGAAAACGAAGAACGCAAGAAAGAACACCUGUGAUUAAAACCAAAUAAUAAUAUUCAUAGCUUUUCCUGGCGGGGCUGGGAUGGGGAAAAUGGCAAUUUUGACCAUGGUAUAUUUAUCCUAUUAUCUGAAACCCCUGAUGAAAUUGGGCGGUUUGGAAAUCGGGUUCUGCAAAAGUGCAGAAAGGAGGGAUAAUAUUUUUCCGGCUGCAGAUGACGUGGUUGAUGUUUUUGUGUUGGCUGUUGUCGCAGGACAGCUGUGCGAUGCUGAUGAUUAGAAGACAAUUCAUCAGACCUUUGCGACUCCAGGAAAACUGCUACAGCCCAGGUGAUCUCAUUGUCGGUGGGAAUUUGCCUCUCUUCAGAGCUCUAGUCAGAAAGUUAUCCUUUGAACAGUAUUUCAGAGAAGGGGACUCCCCCCAUUUCAUAUUCUGGCCUCUUUGAGCAAGAUUCAGUUUAACAACACGGCUGGGGAUGAGAUAUAUUUUACAGAACAUGACAAGAGACCGGCAGCCUAUGAUAUUCUGAACGGCGUCUUCUUCCCCAACGGAUCGUGGGCCGAAGUGAAAGUUGGAGGUUUGGAUCCUCGCGCAGCCCCAGGAGAGGACUUCAGCAUUAACCCCGAUGCAAUCGUGUGGAUUACUCAGAAGACUCCAUUCUCCAGGUGUGUAGAAAGUUGCCCUCCGGGACAGAGCAGAAAAGUUCUAGAGGGGAGGCCGGCUUGCUGCUACGAAUGUGUCUCUUGCCCAGAAGGGACCUUCUCUAACCAGACAGACGCAGUUCACUGCACCAAGUGCCCCGAAGAUCAAUACCCAAACAAAAAGCAAGACCAGUGUAUUUCCAAGAAGACCAGCUUCCUCUCUUACCAAGAUAUUCUUGGGAUGGUUUCAGCUUCUCUGGCUCUCCUGCUGUUCCUCACAACCUCCCUAGUUCUGGCGAUCUUCAUCCAGCAACGCGACACACCCAUUGUCAAAGCCAACAACCGAGACCUCACCUACGUCCUCCUCGCCUCCCUCCAGCUCUGCUCCCUCUGCCCCUUCCUCUUCAUCGGCCGUCCCAAGAAGACCAUCUGCCUUCUCCGUCAAAUGGCUUUCGGCACCGUUUUCUCUGUUGCCGUCUCUUCCGUACUGGCAAAAACCAUCACGGUCGUCCUGGCCUUCGUGGCCACCCAGCCGGGAAACGUGGCGAGGAAGGUUUUGCGGAGACGACCGGCCAACUCCAUUGUGGUGGCCUGCCCGUUUAUCCAAGCCGUUAUCUGCGCCGUCUGGCUCGCAACCUCUCCGCCAUUCCCAAACCUGGACUUCCAUUCCACGCCAGGAGAGAUCGUAGCCGAAUGCAACGAAGGUUCGGCCGCCAUGUUUUACACCGUCCUGAGUUACCUGGCUUUUCUGGCCCUGGUCAGCUUCCUGGUGGCUUUCUUCGCUAGAAAGUUGCCCGAUAGUUUCAAUGAAGCCAAGUUCAUCACCUUCAGCAUGUUGGUCUUCUGCAGCGUUUGGGUCUCCUUUGUCCCAACCUACCUGAGCACCAAGGGCAAGUUCACGGUGGCUGUGGAGAUCUUCUCCAUCUUGGCUUCCGGCGCUGGUCUUCUGAGUUGCGUUUUCUUCCCCAAAUGUUACAUUAUUCUCCUGAGGCCUCACCUCAACAGCAAAGAUCAUCUAGUUAGGAAAAAGCGUAAGACAAUUUAACAGAAUUUUUAAGUUAAAUUAUUCUGUACAGUAAAUAAAUAAAUUCCAUUCCGUAUCUGGGUU